AUGACAAUUUCAAAAGCAGCUUAUAAAGCUAAACUAUCAGAUUCUAUAGGUAAUUAUGAAGAUGUAAUACAAAUAUUAACGGAGUCUUCUGAUUUUCAUGAUAGCUCUUUAAGACUCCUUUUAGUAGGAUCAUUAAGGAACCGUAUUACAUCAUUGAGGACAUCCUUAAGAACAAUAAAAUCAUGUAAAGAAAAAUUAGAUCCUUCGGAUUUAUCUAAAGGCCUUACUUCAGUUAUCAAUGAAAUAUGUGAAGAGUUAAGCAAAUUAAUUAUGGAUGAAAGUGAAGAUGUAAUAAGACUAAUCGAUGAUAAUAUUUUAAUGUAUUGUAAUGACCACGACAAAGCCUUUUGUAACAAACUUAAAGGUGAUCUAAUGAGAUAUCGUGCAGAAAUAACUACUGGAAGUGAAAGAUCUUCAAAUAUCAAAGCCUCAGUAGCUUUUUAUGAAGAUUCGUUACAAUUAGCAAGAAGUUGUACUGAGAAAUAUCCUAUUGAUCCCCUAUACCUUGGAACUAUUCUUAACUAUUCAAUCUUAAAAUGUGAUCUUUUGAAUAAUCCAGAGGGGGCUAUAACCUUUAUAAAUAGAGCAUUAUUAGCUGUUAAGGAAUCUAAUGAGACAUUAUCUCCCCAAUCUGAACAACUGAUUAAGAUACUCAAUGAUAAUAUUUCUAAAUGGGAGCAAGGGUCUAAAAAUUUAUUUACAAGUGCAUUUUUUUAA